GAGACAUGAGGAAGGAAGUUGGAUACGGGGGACACAGGAACGCAUGUGGACUUUGGGAUAGCAGACUGACUCAUCUCAAGGUGCUGUCUUAACUAAAAAAAAAAGAAGGAAAUCAGGCACACAACCGUGUCCUGAUCCUCCGCUUAACUUCCGGGACAUCUGAGGGUUUCGGGACCCCCCCUACCCCUAUCCAGGCUUCGCCCUGGAGGCCCAAAGCCUGGCUGAGGCCUCUGCGGAGGGGGAAUGCUGUGGGGGCUGCUCACCUCCUCCUGCGCCCCCUCUAGUGUCACCUAUACUCAUUGUGGAGGAGACAUGCUUCACCACCGUGGAGCUGUGCCAAGAUGGAGAAGACAUGUGCCGGACUUCAAGUGAGGGAUACAUGGAGGAGAUGAGCGGAGAUCCAAACUGUGAAGACAUGCAAAAGAAGGACCAACGUUUGUCAUUCCAGAUCUUCCCUGACCCCGUGGAGGUCAUCCUGGACCCAGAGACCACCUUUAACAGGCUGGACCUCGAACACGUGAGGGAGCGUCUACCCUCCAUCGUUGUGGAGCUCACGGAGGUGAACGAGGUGGAGAGCGGAGAGCUGCGCUGGCCUCCGGAGAACAUGGACACGGAGGAAGAGGAGGAGGACCUGUUCUUGGAGCAGUGCAUCCCCCUUGCCAACAUUGCAGACUGGGGAGAAGAAGACAAGGAGGAGACGUCUGUUAUACUGAACGAGCACCAUGGCUUGACACUCAUUGACCUUCAGUCGGAUGCUUUUAGAGAUGACACCCCCACCCUUCCACCGAGCAGCGCUCCAGCCCUCAACUGACUAAACCUCGGCGACCCAGUGAGGAAACAUCCUGCAGAUCGGCCUGUGGCAACAACUAUGACAACACAACCCAGAGUUUGACACUGACAUGAUACGGAGAUUGAACAGAACGCCAACGUUGACGAAGAGGAAAACACAAAUUAUCCAAAUAUGUUUUCGAGGUCAAACACCAAUAAACACGCUACACGCCGACUCCGACAUUUCUGUUUACACGAAUAGGAAUAUCCAUGCAUGAAUAUCUUGUCGGCAUGGAAACAGAGACACAAAAUACACAAUCACACAUUCUCAUACGCAGAAGUCAACUUGCUGACGUCGGCAGCAGAGAUUUGAGCAGUACUGAGUUCGCGUUUUCUUUUUUUACUACUUCUAAGUCAAACUUUUGCUGACGUUGUCUCUUUAUGUUUCAUUUCCCUUGCUGUCGCCUACCUUCUAAAGGCUCACUGAUGUCAUGAGGUAAAAGAGAACAUCCUGCUCUGGCAACUGAUUUUCUUUAGUCUGUGCUUGGUUAAUUUAUACGUCACUUCAUCUCUGAACCAUAAUUAAACAUAUUUGUCAUGGUCAUCAUUUUGACCCCA